UUUUAUCGAAAACUUGGAAUUAGUAAUACUACGGAAAAAAAUUCGUGUACUGUACAGUAGCCUUGGUACGAGUCGCCCGAAGCCCCGCGCUACCAUCUCCGACUAUUAUAAAAGAUGGUUCAGACGAACGACGCUUCCCAGUACUCUACAGAAACAGAGAGCAGAUGUCUUCUUGAGUUGGAGUUACGAGCACUGUUGCAGCAAAGGAUCAUGGUCCUGGAUGGGGGUAUGGGAACCAUGAUCCAGCAACAGGAGCUUCAAGAGGACGAUUUCCGGGGGGAUGAAUUUAAAGAGCAUUCAUUCCCGCUUAAAGGAAACAAUGAUCUGCUUAGCAUCACAAAGCCAGAUGUCAUCUACAAAAUUCACAAGGAAUAUUUGAUGGCCGGAGCGGACAUGAUCGAAACCAACACAUUCAGCAGCACGUCUGUUGCUCAGGCUGAUUAUGGACUGUCACACAUGGCUUAUCGUCUUAACAGAGCAUCAGCGGAGCUAGCAAGAAGAGCAGCCGAUGAUGUCACCAAACAAACUGGACGUAAGCGGUACGUGGCUGGAGCGGUUGGCCCAACCAAUAAAACACUGUCUGUGUCACCCUCUGUGGAGAGACCAGACUUUCGAAACAUCACUUUUGACGAGCUAGUUGAAGCCUAUUUGGAGCAAGUCAGAGGUCUGUUGGAUGGAGGAGCAGACAUAAUUUUGGUUGAAACCAUCUUCGACACAGCCAAUGCCAAGGCAGCACUGUUCGCCAUUGAUAUGCUGUUUGAGAAGAGCUACGAAAGGAAACCUCUCUUUAUAUCAGGAACCAUUGUUGACCGGAGCGGGCGUACUCUGUCUGGUCAAACAGGCGAUGCCUUUGUUGUGAGUGUCUCACACGCUAAACCAUUAUGUAUCGGCCUCAAUUGUGCCUUAGGGGCUACAGAGAUGAGACCUUUCAUUGAGGCUAUAGGAAAGAGUACCACUGCUUUUGUAAUCUGUUACCCCAAUGCAGGUCUUCCCAACACGUUUGGGGCUUAUGAUGAAACCCCUGCAGUCACGGCCUCCAACUUAAAGGAGUUUGCAUUGGACGGACUCGUGAAUAUUGUAGGAGGCUGUUGCGGCACCACUCCGGCACACAUCAGAGCCAUCUCAGAAGCAGUCAAAGCCUGCCAACCCAGAGUUCCCGCGGAGGACAUUUUUCAAGACUACUUGCUGCUCUCAGGUCUGGAACCAUUCAAGAUAGGCCCUUACACCAACUUUGUAAACAUCGGUGAGCGUUGCAAUGUGUCUGGGUCACGCAAAUUUGCCAAGAUGAUUAUGGCUGGAAAUUAUGAGGAUGCCUUAAGCGUUGCGAAGGCACAAGUGGAGAUGGGAGCUCAAAUCCUCGACGUCAACAUGGAUGAGGGAAUGCUGGAAGGUCCAACGGCAAUGGCUCGAUUUUGUAAUUUUAUUGCUUCUGAGCCAGACAUUGCGCGGGUUCCUCUGUGUAUUGACUCAUCGAACUUUGCAGUGAUCGAAGCCGGUCUGAAAUGCUGCCAGGGGAAAUGUAUCGUCAACAGCAUAAGUUUGAAGGAAGGUGAGCAGGAGUUCCUGCUCAGGGCGUCAACUGUGAAGCGCUAUGGUGCUGCUGUGGUGGUCAUGGCCUUUGAUGAGGAAGGCCAGGCUACAGAUAGAGCCCGCAAAGUGGAGAUCUGCACCCGCGCUUAUAACCUUCUGGUUCGCAAAAUUGGGUUCAAUCCCAACGACAUCAUCUUUGACCCCAAUAUCCUGACAAUCGGGACUGGCAUGGAGGAACACAACGACUACGCUGUCAAUUUCAUCAGGGCCACCAAAAUGAUUAAGGAGACAUUACCAAGAGCCAGGGUGAGCGGAGGUCUCUCCAACCUGUCUUUCUCCUUCAGGGGAAUGGAGACCAUCCGAGAAGCUAUGCAUGGGGCAUUUCUCUAUCAUGCUAUAAAGGACGGUAUGGAUAUGGGAAUAGUGAAUGCCGGAAAUCUACCUGUGUAUGAUGAUAUUGAUAAAGAACUACUGCUCCUGUGUGAAAACCUGAUCUGGAACAAAGACGUCGACGCUACAGAGAAACUUCUGGCCUAUGCACAAAACAACGUGAAGGGAGGGAAAAAAGUUGUUCAAACAGACAAAUGGAGGGAAAAAAGUGCGGAAGAGAGGCUGGCGUACGCCCUCAUCAAGGGAAUAGAAACGCAUGUGGUACAAGAUGUGGAAGAAUGUCGGACGAAUGCCGAUCGCUACAGCCGCCCACUUCACAUCAUUGAGGGUCCUUUAAUGAAUGGCAUGAAGGUGGUCGGAGAUCUGUUUGGCGCUGGCAAGAUGUUCCUGCCGCAGGUCAUUAAGUCGGCUCGUGUUAUGAAGAAGGCGGUGGGCCAUCUCAUUCCCUUCAUGGAGAAAGAGAGAAAGGAGAUGAUAUCUUUGUCUGGGUCAGCUGAAGACAUAAAUCCUUAUCAAGGCACCGUCAUUCUUGCUACAGUGAAGGGCGAUGUCCAUGAUAUUGGCAAGAACAUUGUGGGUGUCGUCCUGGGUUGCAACAACUACCGAGUGGUUGACUUAGGUGUGAUGGUUCCUUGUGAUAAGAUUCUCAGAGAGGCCAUCCAACAAAAAGCAGAUAUUAUUGGUUUGUCCGGUCUGAUCACUCCUUCUCUCGAUGAGAUGAUCCAUGUGGCCAAAGAGAUGGAGAGACUCGGAAUGGCAACACCAUUGCUGAUCGGUGGAGCCACCACAUCCAAGACUCACACAGCAGUGAAGAUAGCCCCGCGUUACACCUCUCCUGUUAUCCAUGUUCUGGAUGCAUCUCGGAGUGUGGUGGUGUGCUCUCAGCUUCUGGAUGAUAGCUCAAGAGAGGACUACUUUGAAGACAUAAAGGAGGAAUAUGAAGAGAUAAGACAGGAGCAUUACGACUCCUUGAAGGAUCGCCGUUUUCUGUCUCUGUCCCAAGCUAGAGAAAAAGCUCUAUAUAUUGACUGGCAAUCAGCGACUAAGCCAGUGAGACCUCAGUUCUUAGGCACCCGUGUGUUUGAUCCAUACGACCUGACCAAACUGGUCGAGUUCAUUGAUUGGAAGCCUUUCUUUGAUGUCUGGCAGCUCAGGGGGAAAUAUCCUAAUCGAGAUUACCCCAAGAUCUUCAAUGACAAGACUGUUGGAUCGGAGGCCCGCAAAGUUUUUGAUGAUGCCCAGCGGCUGCUUGAUCAAAUGAUUGCUAACUCAAGUCUGACGGGGCGAGGACUGGUUGGGUUCUGGCGCGCCCAGAGUAAUGGCGACGACAUAAACGUGUACACUAAUGAUGAUACAGUGCACAGAGAUUCCCAGCCAAUCUCAGUAUUGCACGGUUUACGGCAACAGGUGGAAAAGGAUAGUGGACGUUCAGAACCCUACCUGUGCUUGGCUGACUUUGUGGCACCCAUAGACAGCGGUUUGGCUGACUACGUUGGAGUAUUUGCCGUGGGAGUGUUUGGGGCUGAGGAACUGAGUCAGCAAUUCCAGGCUGAGGGAGAUGACUACAGCAGUAUUAUGGUCAAAGCUUUGGCGGAUCGACUGGCAGAGGCAUUUGCAGAAGAGUUGCACGUUCGCGUGCGUAAGGAACUGUGGGGCUACUGUGGCGAUGAGUCUCUGCAGGCCUCAGACCUACACCGGACUUGUUAUCAGGGUAUCAGACCAGCCCCUGGCUACCCGAGCCAGCCUGAUCACACUGAGAAGAUUGCAAUGUGGAACCUUGCCGGUAUACAGGAGAGCAUUGGUAUUGCCUUGACAGAGUCACUGGCAAUGACGCCCGCUGCCGCAGUCUCUGGCCUUUAUUUCUCCAACUCCGAGGCCUCAUACUUUGCCGUUGGGAAGAUCACCAAGGAGCAGGUGGAGGAUUAUUCCAAAAGGAAAAAGAUGCGCGUCGAUGAGAUUGAAAAGUGGCUGGCUCCCAUCCUCGGUUACGACAGUGAGGUGUAGAACCGCACCACACCGCCAGUGAAAGUAGCUUCAACUAAUUGCUGUCGUAUUAUUUUGUACGCAUCAAAGCCUUCACCAUCAAUGCCAUUUGCAAAUCGGAGCUAUGCGUCAAAGGUUUGACGGUGUUGCUCAAAAUGGUACACAUAUAGUAAGGGUUGAAAUGUGAAUAAAAUGUUAAAGAUGUUACCAAGUGUUAAAUUUACAUAUCUCAUUGAA